GGCGCAAGCACCUUUAGUGGCCAGCCAUGGACGGCAAUGUUGGAAUGGGCAUGGGCAUGGAGGGAAUGGACGACGACGAGAUGCCCAUCAUGGCCGGAGCGUCCAGGCCUUGGCUCUCCACUACGGGCAUACUCGCGCUCCUGUCUGUGUUCCUAAUCACGCUCGUGGGCAUCAUCCUCUUCUCGCUGUACCUGUACUUCCUCCAAGCCAAGCUGGAAUGUCCCGACUGCAAGGUGGCCGACGUGGCGACGCUCAAGAAGAAGAAACUCACCACAACCACCACGUCGACCGAGUCCAUCCUGCGGCAGAUCGGAGCGCCCGAGGAAGAAGAGCCGGCCCGGCUGCUGUGGAUGCGGCUACGCCGCCAUCGACUUCGCGUCCGCAAGUGGCGUCGCAGGCGGCUAUUGCGCAUCUGGCGCCGACUGCGUCCCUACUACCAGGCGCGCCUUUAUGCCUGGCUGUGGCGCUCGUUGAGCGCAGAGAUGCGGCAGCAACGACAACUCCGAGCUCGUACGUCGCUUGUCGCAAGCAGCAGUCGUCUUGUAGGAGGGCGUCAGCGAUUACCUUUGCGAGGGUCAAGACGACGGCUUCACUGGGAGGGAAUGUGGCGGAGCCGACGCAGGCGACGAAGAGCAAGCAGACGAAGUCGAUUCGUGACUUUUACGUGGGGCCGGAGGUUUCGGGCCCGAAAUGCAAUGCGGUACUGAGGUACAACGGCCGUAAGGCCAAACGAAACACCUGGAAGAUAGAAAAGCAGCGAUCAGCAGAUGCGAAUGCGAGUUCUACAGCACUAGAGGCUCAUUAAUCCAGCACCCUCAAUAAUGCGAAGGGCAUAGGCGCUCAACCUAUGCGCACCAGAAGUCGUGUUCGGUAAUAGUUGUGGCAGCAGGAAAUGCGAACCGACGUUUCAAAGCCAAUACGUGUUUUGAGGAUACUCUUACUUGCUCGUUGCG